CAACUCCCAACAUUUUUGACAUGUACCAGGCUGAGGAGGAAGAGGAAGUUCCUCAACUCCAACGGAAGCCUAAGAAGAGAAUUGGUGAAUCCAGUCAAGGCCCUCCAGCCAAGAAGGGUCGACCAGAAGAUCCUCCUCAGGGUACGCCUACUGGGCAAAGUCCUGCGCCGACUGGGCGAACUCCUACUCCUCCUCCAGCUCCUUCUGAACAGCAAACUACUCUUGUUCGGCCGAAUCCUCCAGCUGCGCCUGCCAGGGAGCAUCUUUCUCGUGAAGAGGCUCAUGGGGCCAGACUUAAGAGCCGUGCCAUCCGAUCCGCCCGGGACCGCCUCGAUCGCAUUGGUAAAGGCGAGCGUGUUAGGGCCGCAAUGGUUCAAGCUGAAGAGCUGCCAGUCGACCAGAUCAUGAACAGGGCUUUGAACGAAAUCUCCAGCGCCUUACUUUCUGCCAUUACUGCCCGUACCCGAGCCCAGGCUUACCUCGAGCAGGCCGAGGCAAAAGCCAUCGAGAGGUUCCAGGUGAAAGCGGCCGAGGAGCUUUCGGAUGCUGAGGCUAAGCAUGCUAAGGAGUUGGAGGCGGCGAUCCGAGAGAGGGAUGCAGCGGUGACUAAGCUGUCCGAGGCUGAAGCUGCGAAGGAAGCAGCGGUCAAGUUGAGGCAAGAGUACCGGGAGUUCAACAAAACCCAUCUCCGCGAAAUCAAGCAUCUGGGGGAGGUACUCAAGACCAAGGAUAAGGCUAUUCUCUCCCUCGAGGGCAAAGUGAAGCAGUUGGAGCUUGACAACUCCAAGAAUCUGGAAAAGUAUAAGAGGACAACACUCCGAUGUUUCUACAAUUUCUGGAAACACAAUCAGGGUGCUGACUUUAGCUACCUUUCAGAGGAAGUCAGAACUGCGGAGCUGGCCCGAUGUGCUGCCCAACUGGCCGAGGAGGAAGCAAGAGCCGCGACCCCUGCCACUCCAAGCGUUGCUGGUUUGGAAGAAAAAGAUGAUGUUGAGGACGUGACUAACCAGGAUGCUGCCCAGGAUCCUCCAGCCCCGAAUACCUCUUGAAUUCUUAUUUGUUUUUUCUUCUUUUUUGGAUAUACGACCCAAGGGUCGUGGUGUAAAGACAGUAGUUUCUUUUUUAAACUUUGCUGUACGGGCAGCAAAUCUUUUUACUUUGAACAGUUAUAUCCAAACUUAAAUCUUGAUGUUAUAAUAUUUAUAACAUUUGUUCGUA